GCAUUUAAAAUGAGUGAUUAGCAUGUGACUGUCCCAUUCUGGGAACCAUCAGGCUACCAUUGCAUUCAUCUCUCUUUUUUCUACAGUCCCAACUCAGACAAGUACCACCACUGAAGGAGCUUUUACCUAGCCUUGGGGCUUGGAUCAUCCAACUCCUCAUUGAACUCACACGCUAGUUAUUCCAAAGUGAACAAUAAAAGCCCUCUGAAGUGAGGCCAGAGGCAGAACUCCCCAGGGAGGACGAGCAGCAAAGCACAGCCAUGGAUUCAAACAAACAAGAAGGAGAAACUGAAAAUGUGCCAGUGAGUAACCCUGCAACACAGAUUUCUCAGUUGCAGGCACUGGCCUCUGAACUAAAAACUGGUUUCACUGAAGCAAUGCAGGAACUUUCAAGAAUUCAGCAUGGAGAGUAUGCUCUGGAGGAGAAGGUUAAGAGCUGCCACUGCACAAUGGAAGAGAAAGUGGCAGAGAUGAAGAAUUCGCUGAACUCUUUCAAGGAGGAGCUCAGUGAUGCCAAGUCGAAGAUUGAAGUGAUCAGUUCCAAGCAAGAGGAAAUGCAACAGAAAAUUGAACAGCUGCAACAAGAGAAACGUAGGGAAUCCCGGAAAGUGAAAACUAAAAGAACACAAAAGGAUGAACACGGGUCACAAACGGUGCCUACACCUCUACAAGGCAGUCCGUUCCGAUCGAUAAAUCUCCCGGAACCUGUCCUGAUUAAUGAAGAUCUUACAAGUCUUUUGCACCAUGCAACCUAUGAGAGAGCCUCUGAUACCAGAUCCAUGGCAGCUGGAGAAGGAAAUGUGAAAGUAGUGUCAGGCCCUGGUGGGAGCAGUGCAAAUCCAGAGACAGAAGAAAGCCUCAAGCCUUCCCUGCCAGCUGACAUUCAGCCAAAGGGUCACCCCACAUCGACUGUGUGGAAGCAGCCCAAAGACAGUAAAGAGUGGGGUGAUGAAUAUAUUUCUAAGGAGCACUCAGACAGAGUGAAGGAAACAGGCCAAAGCAGAUACACUUCAGUGGACAAUGUCUUAUGUGAAACUUCUUUUGCUGCCAAAAGGCAGAGCAUUGCUUUGGAGCUGCUUGAAUCCGAGAGGAAAUAUGUCAUCAACCUGUCCCUGAUCCUGAAGAUCAAAGCCACGUUGCAAGGCUCAGACGUGAAGAGGAACACCAAAGAGAGAAGUUUUUUCCCCAGUUCUUUACGAUACCUGGUCCAGCAGCAUGUAGACUUACUUCACACACUGCAAGAGAGGGUGUUGAGUUGGCCACGUCCAGGAAUCCUGGGAGACAUAUUCCUGAAGUUAACAAACGAUGAGAACAAUUUUCUGGACUACUACAUUGCUUACUUGAGGGACCUGCCGGAAUGCGUCUCGCUGAUCCACGUGGUGAUUCUGAAGGAGGUGGAAGAAGAAAUUAAGUCUGACCUCUACAUGCUGUUCUUUCAUAUAGUCCAGCGUAUCCCUGAAUACCUUAUUCAGUUACAGAACAUCCUGAAGUACACCGAGCAAGAGCACCCUGAUUACUACCUGCUCCUGGUGUGUGUGCAGCGCUUCCGCGUUUUUAUCUCGCACUACAGCCUGCUAUUACAGUGCAACGAAGACCUGCUCAUACAGAAACGGAAAAAGCUGAAGAAGUCGUCCCUCGUUAAGUUAUACAAAGGUCUGGCUUCUCAGUGUGCCGAUGCCAGCCAGGAGGGUUCUCAGACACCCAGCACAUCAGCCAUCCGAGACAGCGGGAUCCACGCCGAAGAGGUGAUGCAGCUGUUCCCUGCAGCCCCCUCUUCUAGCACAGCAGCCACGCAUUUGAUGCCACAGAUGAAGAAGAACCAGCCUGCCAUGAUGGAGACUAUCCAGACUGGGAAGCCAUCGGACUGGGAAGUGGAGGCUAGAAAACACGAAAGGCCAGAGAAUAUCCUCGCUUCGUCUCAGUUCCCUGAGCAGGAGCUAAAGGCCAUGUCCAUCCCCUUGCAAGCGAUCCCAGAGAUGGAAUAUGAAACUCCCCCAGCCGAUCCAAUGGGAAAUGCCGAGAGAUCUGUCAGGACCUCAAUGGAGCUGCUGCAGGAUGCUAGAAGCUUUGCUCCAAACUAUGAAGAGUUGGACUAUGGGGGGGAAGUUUUCACCCUGCCAGGUCCCUACGAGGACGAGACCUUUCAAAACCUGGCUCUUUUUGAGAACUGCUCCCCGGCCUCCUCUGAAUCCAGCCUAGAUAUUUGCUUUUUAAGGCCUGUUAGCUUUACGGUGGAACCAGACAGGACAGAUCACUCAUCACAGCCGCUGCCUAAAAGCAGCAGUGCUUACAAACAGGAGGUGUUUCACAGCAAAGGCAAGCAGCUGAGCAGGUCCCUGAAGGAGUUCCCUAGGAGCACUGAGGGCAUGAGCACUAGACUCUACAGCACCAGAAGCAGCAGCAGUAGCCAGUUGCAGCACAAGCAGGAGAGAAGCAUGCAACCUCACCUGAUCUCUGCAUCAUCUAGAAGCUCCCAAAGGAGCUACUUCCCCCCACCGAGAGGGCUGGGGGACAAACAGAGCUUUUUGGAAGAGCUACAUGCAGAAGACAACACCAGGUUCUGCCAGAAGGAUGACAACGAGCAAACAUCCUUCAGCGAGCACAACCCGCGGCAGGAACCCAAAGGGGGCUUCCGGAGCUCCUUCCGCAAGCUCUUCAAAAAGAAAUGAGCAGCCCAGCAGGAGGUGGGCAGUGAUCUAACUCCUCUAACUGCUACAGCUCUUCCCCUGAGCUUGCAGACAGAAAACAAUCCAGGGCUGCAACUUCCAGGUCCAGGGCCAACACAAUAGAAAAAAGGGGAGAGUUUUCCAUUGCUGACUCACAAAAGCAGCUUGCUCUCCCUAAAACAGUGGCAGGGUGCAAGGUGGAUCGAAAUGGAGAUUGUUAGAGGUGGGGCAGAUUUAUUUGGUGACAAUAGGAACCCACCGAGCCUUCACCCAAAACCUAAACUCAACUUUCCAUCAGGUCCCACUCUCAAUCAUUUUUCUCUGCCCUGCCACGUUCCUUUGAGGCCCAAAAGUGGAAGUGCAUGCGAGGGAGGCUGCACUUGUGGGUUUUCAGCCUGACUGGAAGCGGGAAGACCUUGGCUGAACAGGAUUUCCAGCUUGGUGUUGGAGGGCUGAGAGGUUCUGAUCAGCGUGGAGCUUCGGCUGGGACCCUGGCUUUCUGAACUUCACCAUCCCUGGCAGUUCUGCUGUAACUUUCAUUCUGCAUGACUCCCUCUGAUCUUUUCAAUGCUGCAGGAACAGUAGCUCUUCCUGCCAUAUUCUUAGGAUAUAUUAUUUGUAUUUUGGCAGCCCUUAGUGAUCACGGCCCCAUUAUGCAAGGCACUCGGUCACAUAUGUAGUUUAUAGGUCCCCUUUUAUUUUCUUUUUGCUACCGAAAACUCAGCCUGGGGCCUGCGUCUCACUGUAUGUCUGUGCAGCACUUGGCACAAUGGGGCCGUGAUCUUGGUUGAGGCUUCCAAUGCUACCGUGGUUAAUAAUCGUGACUGUGAAAGCUCUGUACCUUCCCUGGCCUACGCAGUAUCUUGUGAAUUAACCUGGAAUGCACCACCAGUUACAAGUGUUUCUUGAGGUGUGAGGACUCUUCUUUUCUUUUUUUUUUGCCAUAACAAAGCUAUGAUUUCCCCCCCUGCUCAUGCCAUGGCAAACCUUUAGCCUCAGAAAUGAUAGCUACACAGAAAGUUACCGUGUAUCCUUUAGUUAAAAUGAAAAAAAGGAACAGAAGGAAAUCUGUGCCCUUCCUGGAUGCAAUACGUACUGAGCUUUGGCAGCAAGGGCAGUUGUUUACGUAGGGCUGUAACUCUGGAAGCAGUUUAUUUAUGAUGUGUGUUACUCUAGUGCCUCGGAUGCCACCUGGGAUUGGACCUUGUUGUGCGUGGUACUGUACAGAGUAAGACAGAGCUCCCUGCCCCAACAAGCUUACAAUCUAAAUAGACAAGAGCAAGGAAAGGUGUAGAACACAAAUAGAGCUCCCAAACCCCAGAACCAUAAGGCUGCAUGGAUCUCUUGCCAUUUCCCUGGGUACUUACACUGGAGAUGAGAUUGACUAGUAUAUUGGAAUCCUCCAAUCAAAAUUACAAAUGGGGCCAUGGACCUAAAAGGUGACCUGGCCCGUUCCACUGUCACCUGGGGAUUGGGCCCCACUGUAUGGCUGGUGUGUUUGAAAUGUGAUACGGUUGAAAUCUGGCUACAGAAAAAAAAAAGAUGACCCCUCGGAGACAAACCUGUUGAGUUCUUCUCAGCUUUCCCUCUAUUAGUAGAAUAAUAGUUUGAUUUAUUUGUAGUUCCAUAGCACCUAGGAACCCUCGUCAUGGACCAGGAUCCCAUUGUGCUCGGGGCUGUACAAACACAGAACAAAAAGACACAGUGUGCCCCCAAGAGUUUACAAUCUAAGUAUGAGAGAAGAGUCAAUAGAUAGAUACAGACAGCGGAGGACAAGGACAGUGCAACAGUCCUGAUCAGCAUGAUCAGCAGUGGUCUCUGCACACCAGCUGCCUAACGGAAUCAAGUUGUUUGUAGACCUUGAGGAGGACAAUGAGGUAGCUUUGUGGCUGUCUAUGGGGAGCUCCUCCCCAGUGUGAGGGGCAGCACAGGAGAAAGCACUGAAGGGCUUGUUUGAAAAUGCAACAAGUGGGCAAUGGAGACUGGUGUCAUGGGCUGAUUGGAGGUGGGAGUUGACAUUUCAAUAGCAAAUGAGAGAUGAGAGGUAGGUGGGGAUAGGCCUUGAAAGUGAAUACAAGUAGCUUGUGUGUGAUGCAUGAGAAAAGGGGGAGUCAAUGAAGGGAUGCAAAGAGAGGGGGGACAUGGUCAAAGUGGCGGGCAAAGACACUGAUCUUCGCAGCAGCAUUCAGAGUGGGUAUGAACGGGACAAGAUGACAUUAGUCAAGGCCAGAGGGAAGGAUGUUGCAUUAAUGAAGAUGUGAGAUGAUGAGAACUUGGAUGAGUUCUAGCUGUGUGGAUGGACAGGAAAGACUGUAUCUUAAGAGAAGUUGUGAAGCAGGAAUCUGCAAGAUUUAGAGAGCCUGGAUGUGAAGAUUUAGAGAGAGAUCCGAGUUCAAGAUGACACCCUAUUGCAGGCCUUAGUAACAGGCAAGAUGGUGGCGCUGUCCACAGUGAUUGAGAAAGGAAGUAGGAAAGAGGGUAUUCGGGGGGAAAAUUAGGUAAGUUUUAGCCAAGUUUAGCUUCAGCUGGUGGCUGCACAUCUGUGAGGAGAUGUCAGAGAGACUGGACCAGAUUUUAGUUUGGACAGAAGGAGGCAGUCUCAAGGAGAGAGGUAGAUCUGAGAGUCAUUGGCAUAGAGAUGACAGUUUUGUGUUUGGAUGGGAUUAUCCAGCAAAAGCUGUAGAGGGAGAAGAGAGCCCUUUGGAACACAGGCUGGAUUAACGAGAUUGGAGGGCAGGGCUAAUGUUUUUUGGAGGCCUCCCAGUACUAAUGAGAGCAAAAAAGUACUAUCAAUAAGUCACGUAUGAUACUGCAUACACACAAAAAGAAAAUCAAAGACAAUGAACAGGUUAUAUAUUUCCUGGAUAAACAUAAAAACAUAAAACAUUGAGUCAAAUGAAAAUGUUGUGAGUUUAAAAUGACAUCUUGUGAGCUUUAAGAGCUGCAAAUUCAGUUAUUGUGUUCUCAGAUGACUGUGUGCAAAGUAAAUCCCAUUCAAGUGGCAUGAUA